CAUGGGGCUUCGCCUCUCCCCGCUCCGUCCCAGCGGUGACAGCAGCAGCAGCGGCAGCGAAGAAGCCGCUCCGACACGACGAAGAUCUUAUAGACAGGCAACGAUUACAAUGGGAAUUAUUCACGCCGACCGCAGCCGCUGACGUCACAUCCACGUGUAGACCGGCGCUGUGGCAGGGCACGUGCGUCCACUUCACUGCUGGAUGAGGCCACGGGUCUUCGCCAAGAGGAUCAGUAAUAGAAGAUGAUGCACAAGGAGGAUGAAAAUGAAGAGGUGGAAGGUGCAGGUGGGACGAUGGACUUCUCAACGGUUCCCCCUCCCCCACCUCCACCACCUCCACCACCACCACCUCCACCGUCUCUACCCACGCCCUCGGGACUGCACGCCGUGACCGAUUCAAUCCGCCGCGUCGUGAGCGAAGGACAGGCGGCGACCGAGGGAGACCUGGACGAGCCGGCGCUCAUCUUCAGCCAGAGGAGGAGCAGCUUCGAUUCGGCACUAAAGUGGUUACUCUUCAACAAGUACGUGCCGCCUGUGAUACAGAAUGGCCCACAAUGCGGCCUCGUGGCACUGCACAUGGCGGGGUGUCUGGUGGCCCCCGCCGGUCGUCGCCCGGAUUUGGAUGCCAUCUUUCAGACCGCAAAGGAGCGUGGCUACACUGCCCAGGGAGAGAUGUUCUCAGCUUUCGAUAUGUCACGACUGGCUGAGGACCUGUACGGAUGUCAAGUGACACUGUUGCAGAACGGCAUGCUGGGAGAAAACCGAAGCCUCAUUAUUGAGCAUCUCGUACGGGGACAGCCCGUUCUCAUACCAUACGACUCGGACAGCAACUACGAGCCGUGUAACAAGCGUGGUCACAAGGCUCACUGGGCGGUCGUGACCGGGGCUCUGCUUGGUGUGGAUUGGUCGGACGUGGAGCCGUGUUUCGAGGAAGUUGCAGCAACGCCAGGGCUGUAUUCCGCAGAAUCUGCAGAGGAGAGAGUCAAGGAGUUGUUCUCUGCACCUGGACUACAGGUGCGUGCCCUUUACCUGCUCGCCAAGCAAGGCAAGAGCGUGCGCCAUCGACUCUGGGAUUUCGACCGAGUGGCGGAGAGCAACGGGCAGCUGCUCGAGUUCGACCCCCGGCGUCAAGCGGACGGCACCACGUACGUGGUGCCCGCCAAGGGCGGCGUACGUGCCGGGCUUUGCGGGAAGUUGCUGCUCCUGGCGCCGGCGACGGUGACGCCAGCCGUGGGAAAAAUCUUAGCACCGCUGUGAUCUUCACCCCCCCCCGCCACCCCCCCCCCCUGGUCACGCAACCAUGGAUGAACGCAGCGGAAGAGGAGAUGUUAACUACCUCGCCUGGUGUACAGGAGGUUGUUGGAGUCUGCAUGUUCUCUCUCUCCCCGUGGUCGCGUGGAUUUUUUUUAUCCAGGUCCUCCGAUUUUUCUCUCCACAUUUAGAAGCAUGCGUUGAGAGUAUUUGCCUGCUAUAAUUUUCCGAAUGAUAAGCCACUUCAUUGAGCUAUCAUUUGUGGCCAGGUCGCUUCUGAAAAACAGCUACAUAGCUCAGUGGGCCUUACCUGGUAAAAUAAAUAGGGAGAUAGUGAAAAUUACCGCUUCCUAUGUGUAUUGCAAAAGUUAUGGCGAGUAAGGUGGCCGGAUGGCCAGGGUGUCAGAGUGGUGUUGCCCCAUCCGUUGGCCCAUCGCUUGGGUUUGGAGCACCAAGCCCAUACCGCUGAGAAUCCAAUCCAGGUUUCAACCACACGUGAUUUAUGUAUAUUUCGAUGUUGAACUUCUUUCGCACCGUACGUAGCCUACCGUGCCAAUCGGAGGUGUGGGGGAAGGACAACGAACUAAACACAAAAAGCUGUUCUAAAGAAAUUAGUUUUCAAUCUAGAUGAUUUAAAACGCAUCGCUCCAGUGGCUUCCUAAUAUCGGAAGGAAGAGGUGUUCCAGACGGCCGCAGAAGCGCAUCUCAAAGCGCGUGAUGCAGCGACCGUCUCAGGUGUAGUAAGUUGGUGGUCUUAGCCUGAUCGUUUAACGAAUGCACGCAAAACCUUCGUGUUAAAUUUGGUUUUUCACUUUAGUAAAAUUCCAGAAAUUGAACUCGGGUCACCGGGUUCAUUGCGUAAUGUCAUCACCACUGCGUCAGUGCUUCCUCUAUUUUAUUUUAUAAACUGUGCGCAAAAAUAUACCUCGGUAAACCUUGACAAUUGUCUCUUUUUGCGUUAAAAUGUGAAUGAAUAUAGAUUGUGUGCAAAUGUGUAGUGGCACAAAACACAAAUUUUUAAUUAACUCGAAGGAUGAUUAGUUGUAACAAAUUUCUUUUGUAUUUUACAAAAGCCAAUUAUGCAAAUGGUAAAUUCCCAUUGUAUUUUAAUUACAGCGUUUUUGAAAACAAUGCAGACUUCAUUUUCCUUUUCUCCACCUCCUCCUCGCUCAGCCCCUUGCACAACAUACGUGAACAGACACGGGCGCACAUUAGCAGCGUUAUUAUCGAGAUAAUAUUUUUUUAAACAUGCCAUUAAUUGCGAUUCACACGUUUUAAAAAUGAAUGCGUCUGUUUCGACAGUGGUGCGAAUGGUCCUGAAGCAGUAAAGAGAAUGAAGCCACCAAAUGCUUUGGUGCAAUGCUCAUGUACCAUCACUUGUGUCGCCCGAUUGUCAGCUCACUACUGGAUGUGGCCCCCUCCCAAUGCCUGUGUGUGCCGUGGGGGUUACUUACUUCACCACGCUGGGUGGUGACGGUUGAUGUUGGCCGAAAAGACAGAGGUUUUUUUUCCUCCGCACCGCCCUAUCCUGCCCACCUUGUUUCGCCCCCCCCCCCCGCAAGCACCGUGACAUGGAGUUCGUGCGUGGUGAUCACACAUCCUCGCACGAUCCAGACUCAUCGCUGCCUGGCUUCAGAUAGAUUGUAUUUAUUUCGGCAGGAAGGGCCCAAUAAGCUGUUAGGCUCUAUUUCAUGGGCUUCCUGCGAUGGUACGGUAGUUAUACAGUACAGAUCUGACGAUAAAUGAGAUUGCCUAUCCAAGCACUAUCCUGCUUAGAUUCCGAUAUCUGUUGUGAGAUGCGGUAUUAUGUGCGUGUUUGGUAGAAUACUUGCAUGUAAUUUUCUCUCAGCAUACGAGUACUGAACGCUCAUGAGCGUUAUACUUAAGGAGCACGUUUAAUUUCGGUUCGUGAACAUAGAUGGGCCAGAAUGCUUGCCCUCGUGAAGCAAUAAGGAUGCGCUUUCCUAACAAAAGACAACGUAGCGACAGAGAGGACGUGGAAAAUCCCUUUUUGGUUUAGUGACAAUCCAGCAACGAUAACCAGGCGAUGGUGGUGGCCGUGGCGAAUGUUUGAGCGGCACAACGAAUAAUGCACAGCGUCUGAAACCGCACAGGGUUACACCGGCAUUGCUGUUACCUCGUUUUAAAAUGCGAGGAGUCGGUCAACAUUUCUGGUGACAAAUUAUUCUCAAGAAUGUUUAACGUCUGAAAUGGCUGCCUGUAUAUUUUGUCCGUGGUUAUUCGUGCUUUCCAACUGAGGGUGAACGCCUACGCAUGAUCCCUCUGUCCGUAACAGACGGGGUUGCGAUAACUCUCGUUAAGACGAUCCAAGAUCAAGGAAACCGGCAUUUCUUUCAAAAACCAUGGUUCCUUAGCGCACACCCAGAGGCCCGUAAUGUCGAGCGGAACUUAUUUUUGGGUGUUAGUGAAUACGAUAUGAUAGUGCUUUUGUUUGUUACUAAGCGAGGUUUUGGGGAACUUGGGAGAUAGUCGAUGAGAGGGAAUUCCUUAAAGUCGGGUUUCAAUUGGGGACUAACUCUUUCGAAAACUGCCAAAUUCACCGAAGCGGUGCCUACAAUCUGCCAGACUUGAACCACAGAAAAAAUGACUACUUGUUAAAGUGCAAACGCAUUUUGCCUUCGAAGCUGCCUAUCGGUUUACAUACUGCCAAUUAAUUAUGUUGGAAGACAACACGUGUUGAAAAGCGUUGCAUUAUCCAUGAGUAUGCAUGCUUAUUCUCAACUUGUUUUUAUCUGAGUACGAGAUGUAUAGCCUCUAAAACGAGCUCGCUCGUUAUAUUUUGUCUGUUAUUUUAUUCAUGGAUCCCAUGCCAAGAUCACGUUUUCCGAUUCAUUUUAACAAGGUCUUCCCAUUUUAUUUCGUGCAAACCUCAUUGCUGUUUCUGCUCCCUUUCAGUAAUGUGGCUCCAAGGGGCCUCUACGAUCUGUUUUACCAAAUUUUUGACCAACGUGGCCCAACAGUCAGUUUCUUAAUGGCUUUAAUUGGCACGUUGGCCAGAUGUUAACUACCUCGCCUGGUAUACAUGAGGUCGUUGGUUCGAUCCCGACCCUGAUGCCUGUAUAUUUGGAGUUUGCGUGUCUCUCUCUCCCCGUGGUCACGUGAAUUUUUUUUCUGGGUCCUCUGGUUUUUCCCCUCCACAUUUAGAAUCAACGUGCAUUUAGAGUAUUUGGCAGAUAUAUAUUUCCACACAGUUGAGCUAUCAUUUGUGGCCAGGACGCUUCUGAAAAAGAGCUGUACAGGUAUAGCUCAGUGGGCCUUACCUGAUAAGAUACCAAAAAAUAGUUCACUCACCACUACUAACUCACCACGAUUAACUCACUGCCAGUGGCAAAGUAAAGGUGCAUCCCUGCUAUAGCUUAUCUGUGGUGUACCAAUUUCAUUAUGCUGGUUGGAGAGAAAGUGGUGGUGGAUUUAAGGAACUUCUCCAUUGUUCCACCAGCUGCACUGGGAGCUCGAACUGGUGACCUCUGGAGUUGUAAUUCCAGACGUACCAGUGCUGAAAUGUAGCACUCGUUUUGGUCGUUUGACACUGCCUCAUUUUCUACUGCCCCAACCACCUUUUAACCAAAGCGCCAGUCGUAGUUCACAGGGAAUUGCCCAGCGCUGUAACUGCACACAGCCUGGCGACAACGAAAUCCCGCGCUUCCGAUGAGUGCGGUUGGCUACUUACGGCGCGAAAGCAGCUCAACAGCCGGCUACGCUAAAUAGAAUUGAACGCGGCCUCGAAUUUGUGCGCACACGAAAAUUAAGAGCACGGACCCCAGUGUCGGUUAGAAAAGUAAAUAGCGAGAAUGAAGGCCGCUCAACCCCACCACCAUCCCCCCAACCCCCGAACCCUCUGUUUAAACUAAAAGGCUCGCUCCUAAGCGAUGUCCUACCUCUGCAAUGGCUUUCCAUCGUGAUUGUUCAAACACGCGCCGCCGUUGCGCAUUCUCCUGAACAUCCCAGGGCCAAGAGAGGUUGAGCCUUUUGUGCUGUAACCAGACGAUAAGCACGCCUUAUGAAUUGUGGACAAUUUCUCGGCACGGUCGGCUCUCCCGUACAUUUGAAUGGCUUCGAGCCGAGUGCCGUGACGCACUUUUUCCCCCAUUUAGUGCCGGAUGUCAAUUUCAUUACGUGGCAAGCGAGUGGGCUUAAGCGGGUGGGGUCUGCGCCGUCGGUCACAAGGAACGCGGGCAUUUGGAUCAAUGGCGAUACGAGAUGUGUUCCGCUAGGGGUGCAACGAUGGUUUUGAUGUGUCACGAUUGAGCUCCCGAUCCAUGUGGAAGGGAGUCCACGCGAGACGACCUGCUAAGGGAUUCAUCUUCUUGGUUCUUUCGGUAAA